AUGGCCCCGCUGCCUUCCUGCUGGCGCCUCUGGGGUCUUUUCCUUCUCUGGGCCGCGGCGGAAACCCGCGCAGAUAUCCACUAUGCAACUGUAUACUUGGUGAAAGCUGAAAAGCAAUUCCUUAUUAAAGAUGAAAUGGAUAGGAAUGGUGAUGCUUAUGGUUACUACAACGACACUGUACAGUCUACUGGAUGGGGAAUUCUUGAGAUCAAAGCAGGCUAUGGUAGCCAGUCCAUAAGCAAUGAAGACCUCAUGUAUGCUGCAGGUUUCUUGGAGGGCUAUCUCACUGCUUCACGUAUCAGUGACCAUGUUGCAAACCUGUAUCCACAGCUGUUUAAGGAUAUCAUCAUUAGGAAAAAAGUUGAAGAUUUUAUGGAGAAACAAGAUCAAUGGACCAGAGAACAAAUUAAAAACAACCCAGAUGACCACUUUUGGAGACACACAGGAUACAUCAUUGCUCAGCUGGAUGGGCUGUACAUGGGAACUGUAGAGUGGGCUAAACAGCAGAAAAAAACACCUCUCACAGUCUUUGAGGCCCGCUUCCCGAGUGCAGCUGGAGAUCUGCUUGACCUAAUUCCUUCCUUAUUCUCACAUUCACCAGAGAUGGACUAUAAUGUUUUACUAGGAGGCCGUGUUAGAUACCGAUGGGAUAUGGGUCAUUGCUCAGCUCUGAUCAAGGUCCUUCCUGGGUAUGAGAACAUACUCUUUGCUCAUUCCAGCUGGUUCACAUAUGCAGCUACACUGAGAAUAUUUAAACAUUGGGACUUCAAGAUUGAUAGUCCAGAGACAAGCUCAGGCCGUGCCUCUUUCAGCAGCUAUCCAGGUACUUUGGCAUCCAUGGAUGACUAUUACAUACUCAACAGCGGCUUAAUAAUGUUGCAGACCACAAACAGCGUUUUCAACCAGUCUCUGUUUAGACAAGUGGUGCCCGAGAGUCUCUUCGCAUGGCAGAGAGUCCGUCUUGCCAACAUGAUGGCAGACUCUGGAAAAACUUGGGCUCAGACGUUUGCAAAGCAUAACUCUGGUACCUAUAAUAACCAGUAUAUGGUCUUGGAUACAAACAAGAUCACAUUGCAAAAGGGCAUUGAUGAUGGAGCUCUCUACAUCAUUGAACAAAUCCCAAAACACGUGGAAUACUCUGAUCAGACAAAUAUUCUCCGUAAAGGAUACUGGCCUUCUUACAACAUACCUUUCCAUGAAACUAUCUAUAAUAUGAGUGGAUAUAAAGCGUAUGUUAAAAAAUAUGGCUUGGAUUUUUCAUAUGACUUGGCUCCCAGAGCAAAAAUCUUCCGGCGGGACCAGGGGUCAGUGACAGACCUGGAAACCAUGAAGCGCAUAAUGAGAUACAACAACUACAAGAAAGAUCCCUAUGCAAGGCACAAUCCCUGUAAUACCAUUUGCUGCCGGCAAGACUUAAACCUCAGAUAUCCAACUCCAGCUGGGUGCUAUGACUCUAAGGUAUCAGACAUCUAUAUGGCUGCAAAGUUUACAACCUAUGCCAUCAAUGGCCCGCCAGUGGAGGAGGGGCUGCCAGUCUUCAGCUGGUCACGUUUCAAUUGGACAAAGCACCAGGGCUUGCCAGACUCAUAUAACUUUGAUUUUAUCACCAUGGUGCCAGUGCUAUGAAACUGGCCUCAGAGUUUUAACAUAUGGGGGAAAAGGUUUUUUUCUAUGUACAGCUUUACAAAUAUACCAAAUAAACUGAUCUGUGCACUCCUGAGAUUCUGCCUUUGCUUUC